AAUGGCAGGUGGUUGGUGUCAGCGGGCCGGGGGUGGGGAAGGCAGGCCAGCCAGCGCAGUGCGAGGGGAACAUCCCGGAGAGUGGCUCUUGGCGGGGUUGUAGCUGGGCCAGCCCUGGCUUACGCUGCCCCCUCCCUUAGAGAGUGUGACGCCUCCACAGAGCCAUGGCUGUGGGCAGCCUGCUCUUCCUGGCGGUGCUGGUCAUUGUGCACCACCCCCUGAGGGUCAGUGACAAGCAGGACCAGGCAACGGUGCAGCGGGCGCAGCAGCAGGAGCAGCGGCUGGCCCUGGAGAUGACGCGCCUGGAGCUGGAGUGUGAGCAGAGGAACCAAGCGAAGAGGCCGGGCCCACACCAGAGCCUGGGCCCACACCAGAGCCAGGGGGAAGACGGGGUCAAAUACGUGGCCUGGGAUAGGUGGCGCUGUAUGUUCCUGCUCAUUAUCCUGCUCUUUGAGCUCUGCAUGCCAAGCCUGGAGCCCAAGUCCAGCUACGACUCCAGCAGCGAGGAUGCCAGCAGCGAGGAGGAGGAGGACGAUGCCGAAGCAGGGCCCUGGUGCUCCUGCACCCGGCAUCCCGACUGCCGCGACAGAAUGGCCCUGUGGCACUGUUAUGAAUAGCACCUCCAGGGAGUGUCUGAGGACCUGGCCAGUGUCAUUAUAAAUCGUGUAUAUUCACUGGAGCAA